AAGGGAAGCGCGUCUUCCUCCAGAGAUGUACAAUGGGUUUCCUUUGAACUCUUGGAUGACCUUGUUCUCCCAACCACCGAAGCUGUGCCUCCACAGCAUGUGUCAGGCUUGAAAGGUUUGCAGCAACUUGCCGCUGCAGCAAGUCCGAGGAUGACUACGCCGCCUGGGUCAGGGUCAAGGAACGAGUUGAUGUUGACACAGCGCAAAUGGUUCUUGAGAAGUUUGAGAUGGGCGCGAAGUCUGUCCGUUUUGCAAAAAAAGAUAGACGCCCAGCCGUCUGAUGACCCUUCCUCCACUUCAGGCUUUAUGGGGGUUCAUUGCCAUGUAUGGUGUGUACAAUCUCUGCUCCAAUCGUGGCAGCGCUAGAUCCCAAGAAUCAAAGGCUUUGCAGAAACUUUGCUCUGAUCUCAACGUUGAGACGGAUGCCUCUUUGUCGGAGCUACUUGCGAGAUGCGUGCUUCUGAGAUCCUGAGGAAACCUUCUGAAAGCUGCUAUUGGCUGAUGCUUUGCGGGCAUCUCUGGAUGUCAUUCUGAUGAUACAGUUCGCUGCUUUUGGCGCUCCGACGGCGCAGUGGCCGGUGGUGUGUUUUUAAUGUGGCUCCAGUCACGCCCAACCAGGCGGAAUUUGAAGCUUCUCCAGCACAUUGGCCGUGACCCAACGUUAGGUGGGAUCGGCUAUGGACUGAGCCUUGCGUGUGUCUGGUCUUCCCUGUACCUUUACAAGUCUGUCGGCGUGUUUUGGUUUUAUGUAGGGGAAUCUGUUUGCUUUGCGUGACGUUUCCGAGAACACAUGCCGUAUUCUGGAUGGUGAUGGGUCCAACCUUUUUACCAGUACGUUCGGCGACAUUGCUGCAAUGACUGCGCCUUACAUUCGUUGGCGUCCAAGGCUUUGGAUGUGCUGCUGGAUGCUUUUCCAAAAUAUGUUUUUAGUGAUUUCAUGUCUGUACAUGAAAUGUUGGACAUGACUUGACCCAUGAGUUCAACCGACAGGGUAUGAUUUUGAUUGAUUUUGACUCCGGUGCUGUUGCUGCAGCGGACAUGAAGGAUUUAGACACCUCCCAUGUCCUGAUGGCUUGGACAUGCGGAAUGCUCUGGCCCGAUAUUGGGCGCGACUGGUGUCAGUGGGCCGGGGCGGGGCCUCCCAUUCAAUGGCGUGCCUGGUAGGCGCGGCGACCCUGUGUGGAAGUAUUGUUCACUUGAAAUAUUGGUAGCGUUUUUGCGCAAUUUGCGCGACCUAAUUACAUUGCUAUUGAUGGUCGCCUAAGAAAAUGCCUUGAAUUCUGCUUUCCUACGUUCUGGAAGUGGUUUCCGGAGUUCUCCCAAGGUCUGGCGCUGAGCAUCCUUGACAAUUGCGUCUCUUUCGCAACGUCAAUUUCCUGGCGCUUGAUGUAACUUACCGGGAUGACCUCCGGACUUUUGUAGCGUGGAGUUCCUUUCUGGCUUGAGUCAAACUGUUACUGUAACAUUGGUGCUGGAAACAUUUUUGAGACGGUUCUAAGAUGCAUGGGACGAUGGUACUUGAGGAAGCUGACCCUAGCAAUUUUGCUGGUCUGAAAUGCAUCUGAAAUGGGAGCCAGCUUGCUUUGGCGCCACAAAUCCUAGACAAUUUGCAGGGUUUUGCUACCGCCGUGUGGAUAGUUUUCCGCUUAUGCCUUGGUGUUCUUGGAUUCCUCGCCAGCAGCGAAUUAAUACUUUUUGGGGAUUGAUGCGCAGAGUGUUUUACUUUUCAUCCACCCAAACCAUGCAUAUCCAUACGUAUCCUGAGUUUGAAGGAAGCUCUAUUGUUGCUUGUAGCAAUUGGGCCUCCUCUUCGACCCCGAAGGGGUACCCUAUCGUCUCAAAUAUUCUUGUUAGUGAUGUAAAGGUUGUGCGUUGACUGGCUUGAACAAUUUUGCAUCAGGCGUGACCAGCUCUCUGCCUAAAAAGUUGUAGUUGUGGCCUGAUUAUUAGAGGACGCAGUGCAGGGGAUUUGUCCCUGCUUGCAAUAGAUUUUCGUGAUCUAGGGCUUCUUGUAUGAUGUCCGCCUAAUUUUGUUGCAUCUUGAACUGAAGACUUGCUUGCCACAUCAAUUUUUACGAUUUCCGGGCAAGUGCCUCCCUGAGCUUGCUUGUGACGUUCAUGUGUUGCAUUGGCCUGGCAGCACGGGAGAAUUCUCCGAUGUGUUAUUUGCUUUUCUUGUCGUUUUUUUCCCUAAGCUCCUCGAGGAUGUCAGAGUCCAGGCUGAGACUGCAUCGUACUGACUGAGAGGGCGACGCAGUGGGGAAAAUACACAAAAUACUUGGUUCUGAUCACUUUCAUUAUCAAAAACACUCAACCAAGGAAGCGGCAAAACACAUCCAGCUAUCCCAAAUUUACCAUAGAAAUCCUUGCUGCGAACAGUUCGCACAGUCACCAUUGAACCACUAAGCGAACUCAUCAAGCAGCCACCUCGCCGCUUGACCAGAGUGAAUCUUGUUCAAUGCAGACAUACCAUGCGGUGGCAGACCCUGGCAAGCCUGGUUCAUCUGUCGAUGCAGACCUCCUUGACAGGUUAGUGCUCAAAGAUCCUGGACCAAAGGACAAGAGGUCCAGCUAUGCUAUGAUGGCCCAUUCUGCCCUCAUUUUCAAUCGAACAAGGGAUGGGAAUCAGACGGGAAAUGCGACUGCUGUGGAGGGGUUCUUCCGGAAAGCCAAGUCCUUUGUCACUUCCAGGCCUGAAGUGGUGGCAUUGAUCAAAGCGCUGAUGUUCUCCUUCGCACUGGCCUCACUGCUAGGUGGAGUGGCCAUUUGUCUUGGCGUUGCACGGUUGUACCCUCCAUACAAAUACCUCUCCUGGCGUGAUAUCCACGAAGUGGAGGGCUUUCGAAUAUCAUCGCUCUUGUCCUUCUGGGCGAGCCUUUCCGCAACUACAAAAGCGACACUUACGACCACCAUGAUCAUUUUCACGGCAACUUUCCUGCUGAUGUUAAAGCUCCACAUCAUCCAGCCUGUCAUCAAUCAGCUGACCUGCUACGUCUAUGUGUUUGUGGUGUUUGGCACAGUGACAGCUGUGAUCAUUUCGGACCUUACCUCUCAGGCCCUCAAAACGUUCAAAGACCAGUUGCAGCCCUUGCACAAGUUGCGGGAGCAGUUGCACAGGAUUCAGAAUAGGCUUCUCCUUGGCGGGGAGGAGGACGAAGCGCAGCUGGCCAAUGAUUGAGCCAGAAUUGUCGAAAAGAUGGGUUUUGGUCUCUUGAGUUGGUGCAGAAAGAUUCGAGUAGAAGCAGUCAUGGAGGAAACAGCCUAACAUGAAGGAUUGAAGCUUCAAGUAAAGUUAUAAGUAUACUGCAGUCAUUUGACAUGGGUAUUGUUGCAGCUCUCAAAGAGAUAUUGCUGAGUCGC